ACAGGCCACGCCAGGGAGAUAUGUCAAUUGUUAUCCUUCUUUUUUCGGAUAGUAAAAACACUAAUUGGAUAUUUUCAAAGCUGUGUCUAUUUCCUUAAUAAGCAUAAUAUUAUAACGUUGUCUUACUGAUACUUUAAACAGAAUGUUAAUUUGGCUUCAAUAUCCAAUCUAAAUAUCAAUGUUAUUUGGAGUUGACCCCGUCCAGUUGACAAGAAAGUGAAGUUGAGAAUGUUCAAGUUUCAAUGUUUCAAAAUGUGUAGUUUUAAAUAUAUAAAUUUUCCGCCAUCUUGAAAAAAAAACCGGAAAAUUUAAAUUGUUGAUUGUGAUAAAUUAAAGCCUCCGACAUUUUUUUCAAAUACAAAUAUACAAACAUACAAACAACUGUCCAAAAUGGCACAAGCUCAGGAUUUGAGAAAAUCUGGCACAGUGUCGGUUCCAGAGGCAUGGGACGAUGAGGUGGACACGUCCACCACACGGAACAUCGACAUGAAGCAACACCUGAGCGUCAAACACGCCCUCCCCAAGACCAGACUGACCAACACCAUCUUGUACGAGAACUCCAGCCACGACAGGCACCUGGCUUUACAGCUGGCGUCCAUUGAGCGGCGCAAGGAAAGGACCAUGUUCUCCCUGGACAUGAGCCGGCGGACGUUCGUCAAGGAGCAGGAGAAAAAACGCCGGCAGUGGAUGCGUGAGGACGAGAUGAGGCUGUCCGGCCUGAACCUGCCGGUCCUGCCGCCGGCCGUCGUCGAGAGAUGUCCCAGUGUCCAGAUUUUGUGUCACUGCCGGUUUAACAAUGCCAAGUCCGGCAACAGCCCACGAAGGCAACCCAUUCUCCCGAUGCUGAAGAUCAGAAAAGAGCGGACCGAUAUCGUCCUACACCGGAACAAGACGUUCAUCACGCACCUGCCGACCUUCGUGACCGUGGACCGCCAGAUCGAGGCUGUGUUUGACCUGUAUCGAGGCAAGACCUACCUGGACCGGGACUUCCCCAGCCAUGACGUCAGGUUUAGACGUCUGCUAGAGGGGCAGGAGAAGCGGAAACAGCAGAAAGAAAAUUUGUGGCGCAGUUUGUUGUGAUGUUCUGUGGAGUGGCGCGUCUUGAUUUAUAUAAAAAACAACUGGUACAAAAAAAGUUUGUCCAAAGACCAACAAAAUAUAGUGUGAAUAAAUGUACAAAUUGUAAAGUACAUUUCAAAAUA